CUUGCCACGCCCACAUGUGCUCUUGUCUGGUUCUGUCCCUGUCCUGGUCUCUUCCUCCUCCUGCAGGCAAGGCUGAAGACAAAGACAACAAAAUCUGAAUUAUUAAAGUGUUUGCCGAAUUCGCCAAAUUAAUUACAAUAAUUCACUUUUUCCAAGAUAAGAAAUGGAAGAAUUGUCGUUUAUGAACCACAAUGUCCGGAUCAACGAGGCGGCAGUCAAUAGACGUGCUGCAACAUUGCAAGAGUUUAAGUUGCAAAAUGAUGAUGCCUUGGCAGCUUGGUUGCUCCGCGCUGUGACAUUCAUUGAUUUGACAACCCUUGGAGGCGAUGAUUGUGAAUCAAAUGUGGCACGGCUGUGUCGCAAAGCAAAAAAUCCGAUCAGCCAAGACAUUUUGCACCUCCUGUUGGGUACCAACUCCCAGAAAAAAAUAACCACUGCGGCUGUAUGUGUGUAUCCUGCAAUGGUUCCACAUGCCAAAAAUACCAUGGACACCAUCGGAUCCAAUUUACCAAUUGCAUCUGUGGCUGCUGGCUUUCCAAGUGGACUGUAUCCGCUAGAAACACGAGUUCGAGAAAUCGAGUUGGCUGUGCAGGCUGGAGCCACUGAAAUAGACAUUGUUGUCGAACGCCACUUAGUGAUUUCCCGCAAUUGGAGCCAGCUGUACAAGGAUACGAUGGCGAUGAAGAAGGCGUGCGGUGAAGCUCACCUGAAAACGAUUCUUGCUGUCGGCGAACUUGGCACGCUGGAAAACAUUUACAACGCUUCCAUUGUUACCAUGUUUGCUGGUUCAGACUUUAUCAAAACUUCAACAGGAAAAGAAGCUGUGAACGCGACAUUGCCCUCCGGACUUGUCAUGUGCAGAGCCAUCAGAGACUACUACGCUAUAACUGGACGAAAGGUUGGCCUAAAACCUGCUGGUGGCUUACGAACGGCCAAUGAUGCUGUUGUGUGGAUGAACAUGAUAAGAGAGGAGUUGGGCAUGGAUUGGCUGAACCCCCAUUUAUUCCGCAUCGGAGCUUCAGGAUUGUUGGGCAACAUUGAAAGGUCGCUGCUCGAGUUAGCCACAGGCCACAAGGAGCCAACGUUCAUUCCGAUUCCAGCAAUGUGAUAUUCAAUUAGAUAGUCCCAUUUACAUGACAUGUGCCAUAUUAUAUUUUUAUAAAUUUUUGAAGGGUUUGUUGGGAAAGAGACAAUUAUAUAUUUUAUUACUCCA